AUGUCGACCUCCAAGUUGCCCUGCAUACCUUCACUUCGGAAGCAGCAGCUCCACCUGGAAUUCGCGAGCUUGAGACAUGCAGCAUCGCCAGGGGUUUACGUGAGCCUCGCGCCCGGGGACCCAACACUCUGGAAUGGAGUGAUUUUUGUUCGCUCCGGCCCCUAUGCUUCAGCCGUCCUCCGAUUUCACCUCCGCUUCCCAGAUACCUACCCCGACCUGCCUCCUCUAGUCACCUUCGCGACCGACUUAUUCCACCCAUUGAUUGUACCUCUCACUACGUAUACCUUUAGCACUGGCUCGGCAAGUGACAAUCCUGUCAGCGCAACAGAUGACGAGCGAUUACCGCCUGGAGGAUUCAGUCUGCGCCAUGGAUUCCCUCACUGGUUUGGUAGGGCAAAGCGGAGCGGACUAGCAUCUGGGAAUACAUCGCGGAAUGUAAGCGGUAUUAGUGCAAGUGCUGCAACGACGGGACACGCAAGCUCUGCCGGCUCGGUUAUAGGCGAUGGUGAUGAAUCAAACGCGUCAAACCCCCCCGUGGCAUCGGCGGCUAGUGAGGAUGGCGAUGUAGAAGUGCCACGUUUGGCACAGGUACCUGCCAUGGAUCAGUUUGCGGAACGAAGGGAUGUCGUCCCAGUGUCGGAGAUAUUGGAUUACAUUCGGUCAACGUUUGAUGACGAAUUGGUUUUGGACUCGCUGCCGGUUGAGGUCGCAGGGAACCCUGGAGCAUGGCAUGCAUGGCAGGCACAUCGUCGAGGAGGUCCUCGAGGACAACUGAAACGAGGAAGCCCGCAGGCUCGGCUUCCGGGGGAUUGGCACUGGGAUGGAAUUUGGGCUAGGCGAGUGAAAGAUGAGAUUGAAAAUUCUCAUUCUGAGCCGAUGCUGUUUGGAGGUGCUGCUCGUGGGGGUGUGGAUGAAAUGAUCCCUUUUCGCCGUUCGUCCCUUUCUGCGAGCGUGGAAUACGAUUCGAGUGAUCCUGCGGCCUCAACCAGAACCCCGUCUCUCAGUGAUAGCCUUUACAACAUCGAUGUGGUGAAAAUUCGCCAGGACCAUGCUGCAGCUUCCCGAGGUAUUCGCAAGACUGGCCUUGAUGUGAACGAAGACCCGUUUAUCGACCAGACAUCUCGACGCCGCGUUGAUCCUCGAAGAGGACUCAUGACCCAGAGUGGGUAUCAAUUGGCACCACAACUUCUUGUUCGCUGGAGCUCAGGGUCUUACGGCUCUAUAGAGCCAUGCCUCUCGUCGAAGUCAGCAUCGGCUUCUGGCGCGAUGGAACUGCCACCAGAUUCCAUUUCAAAAAAUAAAUCCAGAGUGGGUAGUGCCAGGUCUUUAUCGAACUUGCUGCGCCCAGGGUCAUCCGGAUUACUUUGUCCGUUGGAAAUUCCUGUCGCGUUUGCCACCGUGAGAUCCUACACAGGCUGGCCGUGCAUGAGCACAGAUUCGAUGUCUGUAUGGGUGUCUGUAAAUGUAUCUGCGGAUGUUGAGCCCAUUUCCCUGCCCGAGAGCUCGAGCCUUGCACCCCUUGACAUCAUUAUUCUUUUUGACAGCGUGCAGCAGUCUUCUGUUAGCCUUUUGACGCCAAUGGUCCUGGCAUCUUCUGUGCUAACUUCGAAUUUGCUCAUCAACAGUGACAGAAUAGCCGUAGCAUGUGUUGAUGGAAGUUCUAAAAACGGGUUCGAGCUAUUGCUUCCGUUGGGGUUCCACCCAUUCGAGACGUUGAGAACUGCUCUAAAUGAAUUUUCUCUCCGCCAGUUGAAGAAGAAAACGAGAAGGUGCUCGGAUGCAGGUAUUUCUAUUCGACAGGCAUCGCGACUCUUUCACCCCUCUCCCAGAGCAGCGUUUUGUCAUCUGGUAUUCAUUUCUGCAUACCCCCCAGAAAAUCUGUUUAUAUCUGGCGUGGACACGGCUAUUGGUAUCCAUACAGUCUCCCCGCAGCUUUGCUUUCCUCUUGACGCAGCAAACCACCCACUUGGCUGGCACAUUUUCUAUGAUGCCGAUGCAGACGAUCCACGGUCCUGCCAAGUUCAUUUCAUGCGAAAGGUCUCCAAAGUUGUUCGGCAACUUCGUACUGGUCUCAGCCCUGGGGCCCUAUCGGACCUGAAACUGUUUGUUGAGCAGGGCCACGGAUGUCAGUUUGAGUCGGCAAUGGAAGACUGCCAUCUGGCGCGGUUGCGACCAGGGGAGACAUGGAUCUUGAAAGUGAGGAUCGGUGUGCCGAUCGAGUUUUACCAGGAAACUCAAUUGACUGAACAUCCCAUGCUCGAAGACUUGAUCAGGCAGAUCAACAGUGUUCUAAAAGCAUAUUCUUCUGAACCGGCUGCGCAGCAUGUUCUAAGCGCUCGCCUUGAGCACCAGCACUCUUUGCUGCCGAAACCGCAUACUAUUUGUUUGGAAACUCAUUGCACCAUCUCACGCACCCCGGGUGCGCUACCUCGUGCUUCUGACGAUCAUCGCAAGAGUUCGGGGCUAAUGUCGUAUGAACUGGACGAUGAUGCUAUCAGUAUCAGCUUGGGAUCUGCAAGCGAACUCAGUUGA